ACUGAGAGAGUAAAAAAAAAAAAUUUGUUUAGUCAGUUUAUGGGCUGACUGGCCAGCCUAAACCCACAAAUCUGGCCCAUUGGGUAAAAUUUACAGGCCGGCCUGACAUAAAUUGGAGUCAUUUUGUAAUAGCCAAAUUUCAGUUUUAGUCGUGCCCUAAUGGGCCGAUUAGUAGUUCAAGGAAGCAAGAACGCCUCAGAAGUGGAGCAUCAAAGCGGCAGUAGUUUUUCAAAGAGAAGAUGAAGAAAGAGUUGAGUGUUUACGCUCAGAUGCUAAGGUUGGUGAGGCGCUUACCAAUAGACUCGAGGCCUUACUACGCUAAAUACGCCCACGAGAACUUCGUUAAUUGUAGGGAAUUGAUUCGGAGGCCGGAGCCAAAAGAGCUGUUUAAAGUAAGGACCUGGAAGGGGCGAAGGAGAGGAGGCGGGGAGCAGAGGAAGUCGGCGGACGAAGGAGGGCCAGCGGCGGAGGGUUGCAAAGCUAAGGAGCUCUGGCGGCAGACAUGACGGAGCGAGAGAAGGAUCCUG